AUGGAGGUUUCCUACUGCUCUCCUCUCCAGCUCCAGGACAACAUCUUCCUGUUUGACUGCGAGUCCCUGCUGGACAAGUCUCCCGAUGCUCUGACCUACGAUCCAGCCUCGGACGCUGGGUACUUCAGCGCCGGCAGCAGCCUGUCUCCCACCUCUUCUGUGGACUCCUUCUGCUUCUCCCCUAACUCCUUCCAGGCUGCCGGAAACAACCAAAACGCUUUGGACUGUUUCGUCUUUAAAAGCCCGGCAGCGCCUCGUCUUACCCACGAGAUGCAAACACUGCCCUGCUCCAGAUCCUCCACAACCACCUCCACCACCACAAAGAAAUCCAGAUCCAGGUAUCCGGGGAAGAAGCGGCAGACAGCCAGCGACAGAGAGAAGCUGAGGAUGAGGGAUCUGACCAAGUCCCUGCAACACCUCAGGACAUACCUGCCACCCUCAGUGGCACCAGCCGGGCAGACCCUGACCAAGAUCGAUACGCUGCGCCUCACCAUCCGCUACAUCUCCUACCUGUCGGCUCAGCUGGGCCUCAGCGAGGAGGCGCUGGAGCAGAGAUCCUCAGGCUUUGUGGAGCAGCCCCAAAACCUCAACCAGCUCCUGGAUCAGCCCACAGCCAGCUGCAGCCCACAGGAAGCAGACUUUAACACCAUGAGCACCGCCUCUGUGCAGCCCUCAUAUCAGGUUUCAAGUGGAGUUUGCUUCACCAGCGAGCAGUACUGGCAACUUGAAAAUGCAGCUUUCUCCAGACGUUGCUGA